CACGGAGCCCGAGACAAUCGGCCAGCUGCACACACACGCAUCUCCAUUCCUCUGCAACAAGGAUGGCUGAUCUAAGGCCAUGUCCCACGAUCAUGUCUGUACGGACGUCUGCCUGUCGGUCUGUCUCGUGUCGCGCUAUCAACCUCCCGGUUUCACCCGCGGGGGAGUGUACUCUUGACCAUCACAUCGCCUUCGUUGCAGCGUAUCUCGCCUCGCACGCGCGGGACACCACAGGGCGCGGAGGUGGGCAGCUCACCCUCGUGGGAAUCACUUCUGUAGACUUGGAGCUCAGCCAUGGAGAGGAACCAGUGUCACGGUGUUUGUGCCAUCGAAGCCGGCGGACGACACUUGUAGUGUCCCGGAGAACGCGGAGGGCACUUGCAUCUGCAAGAAGAUCCGGCCCAAGGGAGAUCACCAAGGCAGGCAGCAGGCAUCAUCGGUGGUGUUGCCCCGAAUGGACGAGAAGCGAGAAUCAGCGGGCAACGGCCCGAGAAGCGAGGGCAGGGGCGCGACAUUUGAGCCAUCCGAGCUGCUUUCACGUCUGCCAUCUCACGGUCACGAUUCUGUUUUGAUCUAGACAUUGCCAAGACGUACUCCACAUGUCGUCCAUGUACAGCAUGCCUGUAGAGGGAUGCCCCUCGUAGCCGCCGCGAGCCUGCCUGCCCGAAGUCGCAGUACCGCCCUGACCCUAAUGAUCAUCUCUUCUUGCCUGUGCGGCAAGAUGCGGAUACAUUCCUUGGUUGGCCGCGGGCUUUCCCCUGUCCUAGCUGCGUCUCUCGACGUGCCAGCCCAAUGG